GAAUGACAACGGCGUCGUUGUCGCCGACGCGCGUCGAGAUCUCGGCAUCUCAUUCUCGACUAUCGUGGUAGUGACAGGUGCUCUAUCAAGAACAAUCCGAUAGAAACAAUAAUUAUAAGCAAGAGGAACAUCAAUUUUGAACACAAUGGACCGCGGUAUAUUGCGACAAACAUUGAUUGGUUUCAUAUGCAGUAUUUUGAUCAUCGAUUGCGGGCUCCAUGAAGGAUGGAGCACACCAACCAUACCGAAGUUCAAUGACGGAGAUCCAUUAAAGGUGACAACCAAUGAGAUCGCUUGGAUUGUUAACCUCAUGUAUAUAGGAGUUGGCAUCGGCUCGUUGGUACCUUUCAUAUUGAUGGACAACAUCGGACGUAAGGGAACUUUACUAGUCACUACGAUACCGAAGAUCACCUCGUGGAUCUUCAUUGGGCUGUCUACAUCUGUACCAUUCAUAUACGUUGGACGGAUACUCGCGGGCAUCGGAUGUGGCAUAACGUACGCUGUAAUGCCGAUGUAUCUCGGCGAAAUUAGCAGCAAGCGGACCAGAGGUCCUUUAGGUACUUUAAUGGCCGUUCUCCUCAACAUCGGGAUGCUGCUCAUCUACGCAAUCGGCCUGUGGAUCAGUCGAUUCACGAUGGCAAUGAUAAGCAUGUGUGCCCCAGUGCUAUUUCUAUUGACUUUCAUAUGGUUACCCGAGAGCUCGGUGUUCCUCACGCGGAAAAAUAGACUUGGACCCGCAGAGAAAACUCUUAAGUGGGCCUUGGGUAAAGAGAAUGUAGACGAGGAACUCGAGGAGAUCAAAAGAAUCGUGGAGUCCGAGGACAAAUGUAGCAAGUUGACUCUUAAGGAGAUGUUCAAAGAGAUUUUCACCAAAGCACAGAACAGAAGAGCUUUUCGAAUCGCUCUGAUAUUAUUGAGCGGGCUGACAUUGACCGGUGCGGCGCCGAUACUCGCGUUCCAGUCGUAUAUAUACGAAGAGGCCGGUUUCAAGAUCUCGACCAACACCAGUAUCAUCUUAACGGGUGUCGCCAUCGUCUUAGCUGGUAGCACUUGUGUAUCGAUAGUGCGUCUCACAGGCAAGAGGUUACUGCUGCUGAUUGCCGCGCCGAUUUGCGUGGUAUCGCUAGCGACGAUAGCCACUUUCUUCGAAUUGCAAUCCAUCGGAUAUGAUGUCUCUCAAUUCAAGUGGGUGCCCACGGUCUUCGUGGUGAUUUACGUGCUUGGCUUUGGAUUCGGCCUUAAUCCGAUACCACUAGCGUAUAUCGGCGAAAUCUUCGGUGUCGAGGUCAAAGUACCCGCUGCGGUGCUCAAUGCUCUCUACUACGCUAUAAGCACCACCGCUAUUGUGAAAUUUUAUCAGGUCAUGCAAGAGUUAUAUGGCAUAUUCGCACCAUUAUGGACGUUUACUGCGAUAACAUUUCUUGUAUGGGUAUUAAUUUACCUAUUUGUGCCCGAGACCGAAGGCAAAACCUUGGAAGAGAUACAAUUGGAAUUGCGGGGUAAAGAGUGAUGUGUAUCGACAAACUAUGUAAAAAGAAAACAUAAACA